UUGGAGCAGCAAUUGCUUUUCAGACCUCGAAUCCUAUUUCAGUAUAGGCCUCUCCUUCCCCUCUCCACCUCCUUUAGUGGGAAUCUCAGACUUUGUGUCGGGAUGCUGCCCUUGGUAGACCAUCUCCUGAAACUUUUGCAUUUGGAAAAUACACCAUUCCGGGUCUAUGCAGUCACAGCCCUGCUCUUCCUUUUCCUCCUCUUUAUCAGUCGCACAAUACUAAAGGUGGUGAGCUUCUUCUAUGCUUACAGCGUCAAUGUAUGGAGGCUCCGCUGUUUCCCAGAGCCCCCAAGACGUAGCUGGCUUUUUGGACAUUUGGGAAUGUUUCUCCCGAAUGAAGAAGGAAUGAAAGAAGUUGACGAUUUAAUCAUAAAGAGCGGAAAGUCCUGCAAAGUCUGGAUGGGUCCUAUGAUAAGUAUAAUAUCUCUGGUCCAUCCAGAAACCAUCAAACCUAUGCUUGCAGCCUCAGCCUCCAUUGCUCCUAAAGAUGAUCUAUUUUAUGGAUUUUUGAGGCCCUGGCUUGGAGAUGGACUUUUACUCAGUCGAGGAGAGAAAUGGGGAAAGCAUCGUCGGCUGCUGACACCUGCUUUCCACUUUGAUAUCCUAAAGAACUAUGUGAAAAUCUUCAGCAAGAGUGCAGAUAUUAUGCAUGCAAAGUGGAGAAAAUUGGCUGCAAAUUGUCCCGUAUCGUUGGACAUGUUUGAGCAUAUCAGUCUUAUGACGUUGGACUCUCUACUGAAAUGUACUUUCAGCUAUGACAGUGGUUGCCAAGAGAAGUCCAGUGAUUACAUUGCUGCAAUUUAUGAGUUGAGUGCGUUGGUGGCACACCGUUAUCAGUAUCCACCCCAUCACAUUGACUUCAUAUAUCAUCUCUCUUCCAAUGGACAGAGGUUCCGUCAGGCUUGCAAUAUCGUGCAUGGCUUCACAGCGGGAGUUGUACAGCAGAGGAAGGAAGCCCUACAAGAUAAAGGGGUGGCUGGAUGGAUUAGGUCCAAGCAAGGGAAAACCAAAGACUUCAUUGACAUAUUGUUACUUUCACAGGAUGAGGAUGGAAGUCAGCUGUCUGAUCAGGAGAUGAGAGAUGAAGUGGACACCUUUAUGUUUGAAGGACAUGACACCACAGCUAGUGGCUUAUCUUGGAUACUGUAUAAUUUGGCCUGUCACCCAGAAUAUCAAGAGAAAUGCAGGGAGGAGAUUAGAGGGCUAAUCAGAGGGGAAGACACUGAAGAACUGGACUGGGAUAAUUUAUCUCAUUUGCCUUUUACCACCAUGUGCAUAAAAGAAAGUCUAAGACUACACCCUCCUGUAACAAUAGUUUCCAGACGUUGUACUGAGGACAUCAAAUUGCCAGAUGGCAAAGUCAUUCCAAAAGGUAACAUCUGUCUAAUCAGUAUCUAUGGAACCCAUUACAACCCUUUAGUCUGGCCUAAUCCAGAAGUAUAUGAUCCAUACCGUUUUAAUCCAGAGAAUUCUAAAGACAGAUCUUCACAUGCAUUUAUUCCAUUCUCUGCUGGUCACAGGAACUGCAUUGGACAGAACUUUGCCAUGUCCGAGAUGAAGGUUGUGCUGGCUCUUACUCUACUCCGUUUCAAAGUGAGCAUCGAUGAAACGAAGGCAGUACGAAGGAAGCCGGAGCUAAUCUUACGUGCAGAGAAUGGACUGUGGCUGCAGGUGGAGGAAUUGAAACCAUGAUAAUGUAUCAACGGACGAAUCAUUGGAGACACUUAAAGCAUCUCUAGCCCCUCUUAUAUCUCC